AUACUGACUGCAUACACAGGUGCAUAAGUGAAUGCACACCCCAUAAUGUUAUCCACCAACUCUCAGUUCAAUCGCUCAAUUUCCCUCGAUUUGAAUCCGGACGCGAUUUGAAGCUGACGAAGGGAUACAUGUUACAGAGUUUCCUUAUGGGAUAUCAACUCUUAUAUGUGACAUAAACAAGGGAACAAGAUAGUUGUGUAUGCUGCUAAUCAAUAGGACACUCCACAGCUGACGAGCUUGCUGAAGCUUGCCACGUCGGUCUGACGUCUCAUACGUGAAGUGUAGAUUUGACGGCCACAUCGACUGAUCACCAAGAGCAACGCGGAAGCUAGCAACUGCAACGUGCACCGAUAGCAACGUGCAACUUUAAUUUGCGAAGAUGUUCCCGAGAAGAAGAUGUAACUUCAGAUAUUACGCACAUAGCGUGUACGGCAGACGUCGUGCCAAUUCCUGGAUGAGAGAUAGCCCCUGGUUACCAACUGUCUGCCCAAGCAGCAUAAAUAUAGUUUCAACCGCCACCUCGAAACCAGAGACUACCAAGCCCAAAGCAGAAAUACCACCUGUUCCUGAAACUGAGUUAGCAACAAUACUCCAUGUCACCGGGGUCGACUUGCACAUUGCCGACAACACCAAGACCCACAACACCGACAUGUACGAGUGUACACAAGACCGAGUCAGUGGGGGCACCAACAAGAAGGCGCGGCUCGUCCUACGUAGAGGUCAAGAGUUCACGAUGACCAUCCAAUUUGACAGAGCGUAUGACAUCAAGAAGAAUGACAUCACAUUUGACUUUACACUAGGAGGUGAAGAUGAGGAUAAUCAGAAGGUCGUCAAGUCCUUCAGACUGGAGGAAUCUGGAGCUGCCCCCUACAAACCCCGGAAGUGGGGAGCGAACCUGGUGGAGAAGAAGGGGAAAUCUCUUACAGUGUCAGUAUUCAUCCCCGCGUCAUCACCCGUGGGGGAGUGGGAGCUGAGUGUCAAUACUGUCGUGGGCGUCAAGGACGGCGAAGACAUCGUCUGGAAGUACAACCACGACGAAGAGGUCAUCGUUCUCUUCAACCCCUGGUGUAAAGAGGACCUCGUUUACAUGGCUGACAAAGACUGGCUCAAAGAGGCUGUACUGAAUGACUCGGGGUGUGUCUAUCGUGGUUUCUCAAUGUACAUACAACCCCGUCCUUGGUAUUUUGGACAAUUUGAAGACCAGGUACUCGAGGCGUCUCUCCAUCUACUGCGGAAAGCCUUCAAGUUUGAUGCUUCGCCAGCCCUGGGAAGCAUUGUGAGAGUCACACGUGCCCUCUCCAAGAUUGUGAACUCUAUAGACGACGCCGGGGUGUUGGUGGGCAACUGGUCGGGUUACUAUUUCGGUGGUACCGCACCCUCCACCUGGAGCGGGAGUGUGAAGAUUCUCAAGCAGUACAUGACAACAACCAAACCAGUGAAGUAUGGGCAGUGCUGGGUGUACUCUUGUGUUCUCACUACAGUGUGUCGGGCGCUGGGCAUCCCUUGUCGCAGUGUCACCAACUUUAAGUCGGCCCACAACACUGACAAGGAGCACCUGAGCUGUGACACGUACAACUACAAGUUGCCAAAUGGAGAAUUGGAAGAGGAAAAAAUAGACUCCGUGUGGAAUUUCCAUGUGUGGAACGAGGCGUGGAUGAGUCGGCCGGACCUGACAGACAGCGAGGGGGGAGGUUUGGUGUACGACGGCUGGCAGGUCAUAGACGCCACCCCUCAGGAGGAAAGUGACGGCUCGUAUCAGUGCGGGCCUUGCCCCGUCAUCGCAGUGAAGGAGGGUCACGUCAAUGUCGGCCUCGACACCGCAUUCGUCUUUGCCGAGGUGAACGGGGACAAAGUUGAGUGGCUGGUGGACCCGAAGAAAAAAAACUUCAUACAACUGUCCAGGGUCAGAAACGCUGUUGGCAAGUUCAUCAGUACCCACGCGCCUACCGGCGAGCCGUACAAUGAGGACGAAAAAGAAAAAGAAAGACUUGACAUCACGAGAGAGUACAAGUAUGAGGAAGGUUCCAAAGAAGAGCGUGCCGCAGUCCGGCGGGCGGAGCGGACGUUUAGGUUGGCCAACUUUGAUGGAGAAGAGGGGGAGGAGCCGACACCAAUAGAGGCUAUUGAACUAACACUGGACGCGACAGAGGAAACCGUGCUCUUGGGUUCUGAGUUUGAGUUAAAGUUGACUGUGAGGAACACCGGCGCCAUGGCUCGCACAGUUAACGUCUUCCUGAAGGCAAAUAAUAUUGACUACACCGGCGAAACGUUGGCGACUGUAGCUGAAAAGAAAAUUGCCGACACCGUCAUGAACGUUGGCGAUGUGAAGGUGAUCACCGUGAAGGUUGAUACCAUGUUAGACCUUGAUAAGCCAAACAGAGGAUCCACUUAUGAGUGCAAGGCCGUGGCGAACGUCAAAGAAUCCGAGAACACCUUGAAGACAUCAAAAUGUAUUUCUGUGCGCAAUCCGCCACUGGAGAUAACGGGUCCCGAGAAGUGUAAGAAAGAGGGCCAGGUCACUGUGAAGGUAUCCUUUAACAACACUCUGCGGAAACCGUUGACAAACUGCAAGCUGGGCGUCGAGGGCAACAUGAAGUGUGUGGACGAGAGCCAGCAGGAGAUGACUAUAGGGAAAAUCGGCGCUGGGAAGACGUGGUCCACAGACAUGCUGCUGAAGAUGGCGAAAUCCCCGAAGGAUAAUCCCAUGAGAGCAAUCAAUAUCAUCUUGUCGUGUGAUCAGGUUGAGGAUGUGGUCGGAAUGGUCACAGCACCCUGCUACGCACCCAGGGACGUGCCUUCUGUUGACAGGGUCGCAGUACCCUCCUACGUAGCCAGAGACGUGCCUUCUGUUGACGAGGUCGCAGUACCCUCCUACGUAGCCAGAGACGUGCCUUCUGUUGACAGGGUCGCACUACCCUCCUACGUAGCCAGGGACGUGCCUUCUGUUGACAGGGUCGCACUACCCUCCCACGUAGCCAAGGACGUGCCUUCUGUUGACGAGGUCGCACUACCCUCCUACGUAGCCAAGGACGUGCCUUCUGUUGACAGGGUCGCACUACCCUCCUACGCAGCCAAGGACGUGACAGAGUCGCAGUACACUGCCAGGGACGUGCCUUCUGUUGACAGAGUGGCACUAUCCUCCUACGUAGCCAAGGACGUGCCUUCUGUUGACAGGGUCGCACUACCCUCCUACGCAGCCAAGGACGUGCCUUCUGUUGACGGAGUCGCAGGCACAGGAACAAGGCAAGUGUCAGAAUCUACAACAGAAGUUGUACUUCUGACCAACACUACCAAGUUAGUUCUGUACUUCGGAAAACUGGAUCUGAAGAAAGCCAUCUGCGACGGUUUCAAGCCCGCCGUCAGAAGGCGAUGGUGCAUUCAGGCGGUAUUCAGCUCCGUAUUUGCCAAUGUUUCAAAACCUGUCGUCACAGGUGGCCUCUUCAUCCGGGAACUUUAUGCCCAGAAUAAUGGGUUAAGCCGACACCGUUAUUUCCGGCCCGGGCCAGUGCGUAGGCGAUUCAGUCGGCCAUGGUACUCCCACCGCCGGACGCGGCCCACGGUUGGGGAUCUCGACAGUCGCUUCCGGAACUGGCGCAGGGAAAAUCUGAGGGCGAGUGAAACCAUUGGCACCCGCAAUGAUGGCUCAGACAGCGAUGAAAAUGAAAAUGAACAGCAAGAAGUGCCAGAGACUGAUCUGGCAGCGAGGCUGCACGUGACCAACCUUGACCUUAACAUAUCGGAGAACACCAAGCAGCACCACACUGACAUGUAUGAGUGCACAGAGGUCAGAGGUCAAAAGCAGGCAGAGCUGGUGGUCAGGAGAGGUCAAUCCUUCCUCAUCACCAUCACUUUCGACAGGCCUUACGACAUCGACAAGAACGACAUCACGCUCUUAUUCAGUUUAGCGUCUGACGAGAGUAACAGCUCUGUCAAUGAGACCAUCAGGGUAGCAGAGGACAAAGACACGUCUUACAAGCCACGGAGAUGGGGCGCCACCAUCGCCAAGAAGGGAGAUAACUUUCUGACGGUAGAAGUCUUUUCACCCGCCUCUACCCCUGUCGGUGUGUGGGACUUGAUUGUCAGGACCACCGUUGACGUCGAGAACGGCAAAGACCUCGUCUGGCAGUACAACCACAACGACGACAUCAUCAUCAUCUUCAAUCCUUGGUGUAAAGAGGAUGUGGUGUACCUCCCUGACCCCCAGUGGCUGGAGGAGGCGGUGGAGAACGACUCGGGGGUGUUGUACUAUGGGACCUUCGAUAGGAUGGGAGGCAGUAGCUGGUACUUCGGCCAGUUUGAGGACGGCAUCCUGCACGCCGCUCUCCACCUCGUCAGGAAAGGCUUCGACUACAAGAUGACGCGCACCAUGGGGAAGGCGAGCAAGGUUGCCAGAAUUCUGUCAAAGAUUGUUAACUCCUCCGACGACAACGGCGUUCUUCAAGGCAACUGGAGCGACAGCUUCGCCGGCGGCACCAGUCCAUCUACAUGGACGGGAAGUGUGAAGAUCCUGAAGAAGUACAUGUCCACCGGACAUCCGGUCAAGUUCGGACAGUGCUGGGUCUUCUCAGGGGUCCUCGUAACAGUGUGCCGAGCCCUAGGACUUCCCUGUCGGAGUGUCACCAACUUUGAAUCAGCUCACAACAGUGACAAGGAACGUUUAAGCUGUGACGAGAUCUUCCGGCUCAACAACAGAGGGAACUACAUAAAUAUAUCCAAUGACUCCAUAUGGAACUUCCAUGUCUGGAACGAGGUAUGGAUGAGUCGCCCUGACCUUGGCAGAAAGUUCGACGGGUGGCAGGUUAUUGAUGCGACGCCCCAGGAGACUAGUGACGGCGUCUACUGCUGCGGCCCCACCCCGGUGAGCGCCAUCAAGGAGGGGCUCCUCAACAUCGGACAGGACACGGCCUUUGUCUUCGCCGAGGUCAACUCGGACAAGGUGGUCUGGGAGGAACACGUCUUGACCAAGAAAAAGAAACAAAUGUCAAGAAAUCCGAACAGUGUCGGCAAGAUGAUCAGCACCCACGAACCAACCCAGGAGCCACUGGACGGGCUGCAGCGACUAGACCUCACUGACCAAUACAAGAACCCUGAGGGGUCGGACCGAGAGCGGGAAGUGGUGCGACAGGCGGAGGCGAUGUUCAGGAAGGAUAACCUGGAGGUGGACGAGGAAGAACCUCCAGUGUCAGAGACGUUAGUGUUGGGCAUCAACGACAUAGGUGACAUCACCGUCGGCAACGGCUUUGACGUCAAGGUUAACGCCACCAACAACGGCACCGCCGUCCGUAGUGUCACCCUGUCUGUCAUGGUCGCCUACAAGACAUACUACGGUGUCGUGACGGGGACGGCCGCUCAGUCGAAGUACACAGAGAAGUUAGAGCCUGGCAAGAGUCGUGUCUUCACCUUGAGUGUGACGCCCAAGCAAGCAAUGAUGCGACCCAGAGACGGUUUCAACUUCCAUAUCGAGGCUGUCGCGAAUGUCAAGGAGACCGGAAACAUCGUCACCGAGACAUCCUCUUUCCGGUUACGAAGACCCGACCUUGUUAUAAAGGGUCCCUCCACUGCUAAAGCCGGGGAGACAGUACAGGUGGAACUCUCCUUCACCAACCCUCUCCCCGUCCUGAUGACCAACUGUGAGGUGGAGAUUGACGGCAACAUGAAGGUGGUGGCUCCCUUCACGGACAACAUCAAAAUUGCGAGUCUUCGUCCUGGACAAACCUGGAGGAAGACGAUCAAGAUGUCCCCCACGUCCUUCCCCCGAGCCCAGAGGAAGAGACAGGCGAGCUUUGGUCUGGAGUCCGACCAGCUUGGGUCCGUCAUUGGAUCAUACAGCAUCAAACUCGCCUAGAACGCCAGUGACGCGCGUCAUCGUGCCUUCAUCUCCACUUUCAUACAGGUCAACAUACAGUAUCAACAUUUACUCCUACCCGUUCGCACGGAAACACGUUCACAAACAAACUGGCUGACUAGUUGACAAAUUAUCUUAGCCGUACACAACGACAGUCUAAUCUUUUGGUCAAUCAGUUAGUUUUGUGAACGAAUUGACAACGUCCCUACUUUGUUUGUUUGUUGUUUAUAUUCCACCUAUAUGACUGCGGUCUGAAAAGUAUUCGAGUCUGGACGAGACAAUCCAGUGAUUGACAUCAUGAGCAUCGAUCCACGCACCUGGGAUAGGAUG